GGAAAGUGUUAGGACUUACUGAAGGUCAGAGUGGAAGAUCAGCCCAGAGGGACCGCUGCAGGGACGGAGAAGUGUCACUAAGAUUUAGGCGAGCUUUACUGAAGCCCCACAUUUGGAUGUGAUCACUUGUUUUGUUUGCUUAGUUAAGCUCCAUGUUUGUAUGCAACCUUUAGUUCCGCGGUCGCGAAAUUCCCCGAGCGCGGAAACCCAAACGAUUCACGUCUUGCGCGACCCCCUUGUCUCUCCCGUCGUCCCCCACCCCGGGCCUCCCUCCCUACAGCACUCCCAGCAUUCGGCCCCAGCCGGUAACUCUCCCCCGGCUCCCCGCCCCCAAGCUGAUACAAGCGACCAAAACCUUUCCCAGCGGCGAGCCCUGUCCCGCGCAACCCGCUCGCGUGGACACGGAAAGUGGCUGGGCGCGGGUCCCAGGUGGUGCCUGCGUGGGGCAGAGCUGCCCCCUGGCGGCGGCGCGACGACCUGCGGGCCCUCGCGCCCGGGCCGGGAACUCCCUGGGAGCUCGGCCAGCGCCGGGAACUCGCCCAGCAGCCUGCGUUUCUCGAAUGUGGGCAGCCCGCUCCCGGGCGUCCCUGCCACUAGCUGCGGGCGGCCAGGACUGGGUGGGAGUGGAGGCAGGUCCUUGGACUGCAGGCUUCGGCUUUUUACCCCCUGCGAGCGGUUUGGGCGCUCCAGGAGCCCCCGCGCGGGGGUCACAUGGAUUACUUUCGGUGAGAACCGGGGAGGUUGCCCUACCCUGGGAAAGGCUCUCUGCCUCCGCCCUUUGUCCUUUGCCACUGACCAUGAGCGCCCCAGGCCCAGGGACCUCCUUCGGCGGAUGAGGGCUGGCAGAGACCUGGGGGCUCAGACUUACCGGGCAGGAUCCUAGGCUAUUCCUUGUGCAUCCCAGGAUUUUACCCAUGAACGUGAAUAUGAACGUGUUUUCAACCCUGGCGAUUUCCCCGGCGCUUCGACCCUCCUUUGAAGAGUCAUCCUAGAAGGCUGUAUUGAGAUACUGUUUGUGCCUGUCACUCUGAGCCCUGUAAACAAACAGAAGAAAACGCGAGUCCCUGGUCUGAGGGUGCUCCGUCCCGUGGGUAACCAGGGCGCUCCACUACAGCAUUCUCCUGUAGUGUAACAUUACCUACCACUCGUGCUGGUUCCCAUGUGCCAAGCUAAUUUCAACAACGGGUGAAGUGGACAUCUCCAUGUGAUGACUGAGGAGAUAGGUUCUGGAUGUUGCUACUAAGCCUCAUGGAGGCAGCCAUGACAGAGCA